UUGUGCCGUCGCGUCGGCGCGGAACUCGCGCCUUCGGAGCGGGUGCGGCGGCCCUUGUUACCGCCGUUGUCGCCGCCAUGGACCUAGGACCCUUGAAUAUCUGUGAAGAAAUGACUAUUCUGCAUGGGGGCUUCUUGCUGGCUGAGCAGCUCUUUCGCCCCAAAGCAUUGGCAGAAAUGACAAAGUCUGACUGGGAACAUGUUGGGAAACCCAUUGUGGAGGCCCUGAGGGAAAUCUCCUCUGCAACAGCAUAUUCUCAGCCCUUUGCCUGGAAAAAGAAAGCUUUGAUCAUCAUCUGGGCCAAGGUCCUUCAGCCCUAUCCUGUUAGCCCUUCAGACACUGAAAUUCGGUGGCAGGAAGAUAUAUUCUUCUCGGUGGGCAACAUGAUCCCAACCAUCAAUCACACAGUCCUUUUUGAGCUACUCAAGUCUCUGGAAGCUUCUGGACUCUUUAUCCAACUCCUGAUGGCCCUGCCCACCACCAUCUGUCGCACAGAACUAGAGCGCUUUUUGGAACACAUGACUAUUGACACUUCUUCCAGGGAUGUGGCCUUCUUCCUUGAUGUCUGGUGGGAAAUGAUAAAACAUAAGGACAAUAAGCAGGACCCUCUCCUCUCCCAGUUUAGGACAAUGGCUCAUAAGUACUUGCCAUCUUCAGAUGAGUUCUCCCAUCCUCCAAAGAGGUUUAAGUCAGACCCAGAUGUGUGUCCAACCAUGCCUCUGUUGGCCAUGUUACUAAAUGGACUGAAGCAAAUCCAAAAGAGAAUCCUGUGCCUCGGGAUGAAGUGCCAUGCAUUAGCUAACUUAGCUGACAUGCUGACCGUGUUUGCACUGAUGGAAGAUGACCCCCAAGAAGUGUCUGCAGUCAUGUAUCUGGACAAACUGGCCACUGUGAUCUCCGUGUGGAAUUCGGACACCCAGAACCCAUACCACCAACAGGCUCUGGCAGAGAAAGUAAGGGAGGCAGAGCGGGAUGUUAGCCUGACCUCACUGGCCAAACUCCCCAACGAAACCAUUUUCAUAGGGUUUGAGUUCCUGCACAGUCUGCUGCAGGAGUGGGGAGAGGAGCUGCAGGUCAUGCUCAACGGCAGUCAGGGGACAAAUUACAGUAGUUACCGGCUGUGUGACAGUUUGACUUCCUUCAGCCAGAAUCUGAAGCUCUACCUGGAUACUACCAGCUUGUCCAAGGAGGAGAGGCAGGUGGUCUCUGAGCUGGCAGAGUGUGUCAAGGACUUCCUGAGGAAAACCAGCAGGGUACUGAACAAAAAAGGGUCUGAGGACAUCACUGCCUCUAUUGCCAUGGCCAUUAUUGAGCAGAAGAUGGACCGGCACAUGGAAAUGUGCUAUAUUUUUGCUUCUGAGAAGAAGUGGGCCUUCUCAGACGAGUGGGUAACCUGCCUGGUGAACAACAGGGCUCUCUUCCGAGAACCAGACUUAGUUUUAAGGCUAUUGGAAACAGUGAUGGAAGUCAGCAUGACCGACAGAGCCAUCCCCCAGUCUCAGAUCAAACAGGUGAUCAUCUUGAUACUGGAAUGCUAUGCAGAUCUCUCCCUUCCAGACAAAAAUAAAGUCCUCUCAGGUGUCCUUCAUUGCUGGGGGCGAAAGGGCCUCUCUGAAAGGUUGUCGGCUUAUUUGGAAGGUUUUCAGGAAGACCUAAAUACAACAUUUAACCAGCUUACACAGAGUGCCUCUGAACAGGGCUUGGCUAAAGCUGUUGCCUCUGUGUCCCGCUUGGUAAUACUGUACCCAGAAAUCACAGUGAAAAAGAUGUGCAGCAUGGCUGUGAUCAACCUUGGCACCCAUAGGUUCCUGGCACAGAUUCUCACUGCCUUCCCUGCCCUUAGGUUCACAGAAGAACAAGGUCCUAAUUCUUCUGCUGCUACUUUUUUGGUAUCAUGCCUCAGAGAAACUGUCUGGACAAAGUUCUCUACACCCAAGGAAGAAAAGCAAUUUUUGGAGCUCCUGAGCUGUCUGAUGAGUCCUGUGAAGCCCCAAGGGAUUCCAGUCGCUGCUCUUCUUGAGCCAGAUGAGGUGCUGAAAGAAUUUGUCCUACCUUUCCUGAUGCUGGAUAUUGAAGAGGUGGACCUCAGUCUGAAGAUCUUCAUCCAGACCCUAGAAGCAAACGUGGGCUUAGAGGAAUACUGGCUCCAGAGCUGUUCCCCAUUCCCCCUCAUCUUCAGCUUGUGCCGGCUCCUGGAUAGCUUCAGCAAAUUCUGGCAGUUCCCUCCGGAGAAGCGGUGCCUCUCUCUGGAUGGGAAGGAUCUGGUGAUCCACAUCCUUGAGAUCCUCUGUGAAAUUGUAUUAGCCAAUGCUGAGACCUUCUCCCCAGAUACCUGGAUCAAAUCCCUGUCCUGGCUUCACCGGAAAAUGGAACAACUAGACUGGACUGUUGGCCUGAGACUGAAGAACUUCUUUGAGGGCCACUUCAAGUGUGAGGUGCCAGCCACACUUUUUGAGAUCUGUAAGCUUUCUGAGGCUGAGUGGACUUCCCAGGCCCACCCAGGGUAUGGGCCUGGCACAGGGCUUCUUGCCUGGAUGGAAUGCUGCUACAUUUCCAGCAGUAUCUCUGAGCAGAUGCUCUCUCUCCUGGUGGUGGAUGUGGGCAAUCCUGAGGAGGUCAGAUUGUUCAGCAAGGGCUUUCUGGUGGCCCUGGUGCAAGUCAUGCCUUGGUGCAGCCCCAAGGAUUGGCAGUACCUUCACCAGCUGACUAGGAGAUUAUUGGAGAAACAGCUUUUACAUGUCCCUUACAGUCUGGAAUACAUUCAGUUUGUUCCCCUGCUCAACCUGAAGCCCUUUGCCCAAGAGCUCCAACUCUCUGUACUCUUCCUGAGAGCUUUCCAGUUUCUCUGCAGCCAGAGCUGUCGUAACUGGCUUCCUAUAGAAGGCUGGAGCCACGUGGUCAAACUCCUCUGUAGCAGUCUGACCAAUCUCCUGGACUCAGUUAGGUUAAUACAGUCAGUUGGCCCUUGGGCUCAAGGACAAGACCAGGACCUGACCCAGGAAAGCCUGUUUGUUUAUACCCAGGUAUUCUGUCAUGUUUUGCACAUCAUGGCCAUGCUGCACCAAGAGGUCUGUGAACCACUGUAUGUGUUAGCCUUGGAAAUCCUCACCUGCUAUGAAACCCUGAGCAAGACCAACCCCUCUGUUAGCUCCUUGCUCCAGAAGGUAAAUGAGCAGCGCUUCUUAUCAUCCAUUGCUGAGAACAUUAGCCCCAAGGAGCGGCGCCAGACCCUGCUGCAGAAGAUCAGCAACUUCUGACAUGUAGGUCAGAAAAAAGCUAGGCCUCAACAUGGUGGUUCUAGAGGGGCUAGAACUGAGAAGCACAAACUUUAGUUAUGUGAAAUUGUACACAAGGUAAAAGGAAUAUGGCAAUAACAAUGUAAAGAAAAUAGUUUCUUAGGUAUUUAUAACAUACAAACUAAUAAAAUUCUCUUGAGUUUCA